CGCUCCAGCGUGGGGACGCCCUGGGGGGAUGCAGCUCCCACGAAGGCAGCCCGCCCCCUCCCCUUGUGCCUGCCAGUCACUGAGCAAGCCUGAGCUUCGAGGCUGGGGGUGAACGAACCGAGGCGAGGGAAAUGGGUCUCUCAGCGCGUCAGCAACGCAGGCAACCUUAGGUGAGGAGCUCACCCCCAGCUCCUACCCCAAGGUCCGAUUCAGCACCAGGGACAGCGCCAGGCGCUGCGCCCCUUCCUCCUCGCGCUUCCAAGCCACGGACGCCGCCCCGGCGCAGGCGACUUUCCGAUCUUGCUGGUGACCGUUCGGGGUUUCGAGCACUUCCUCCACCUACAGCACCAGGGACAGCGCUCUUCGGCCGGCUUCGGGGAGAAUCACCCCCUUCUUCCAGCCCCUGCUUCGGUCCCCGGCGGGCUCAGCGCGUGGAUCCACCUCCCCUGCACAACAUGGCAACCGAGGUCCAUAAUCUGCAAGAACUGCGGCGGAGUGCCUCAUUGGCCACCAAAGUCUUUGUGCAACGGGACUACAGCGAUGGGACCACAUGUCAAUUCCAGACCAAAUUUCCCCCUGAGCUGGACAGCCGGAUUGAGCGACAACUUUUUGAAGAAACAGUGAAGACCCUCAACAACUUCUAUGCAGAGGCCGAGAAAAUUGGGGGCAGUUCCUACCUGGAGGGAUGUUUGGCCUGUGCCACAGCCUACUUCAUCUUCCUCUGCAUGGAGACCCGCUAUGAGAAGGUCCUAAAGAAGAUCUCCAAGUACAUCCAGGAGCAGAAUGAGAAAAUCUAUGCUCCCCGGGGGUUGUUGUUGACGGACCCAGUGGAACGAGGCAUGCGGGUUAUUGAGGUCUCCAUCUACGAGGACCGUUGCAGCAGCUCCAGCUCAGGCAGCUCCAGCAGCAGCAGCAGCAGUGCUGGUGGUGGGGGCGGAGGCGCAGGGGGUCGGUGACUGGCAGAGAGUCCUGGCAGGGAUUUGUACUGCCGGGACGAUGGUGUCUCCGAGAUCCGCAGACUACGCUAUCAGAGCACCCGCUUCUGAGCUCCCCCAGGGGGGUCAGGAUGCCAGCAAAGAGUGUUGUGACACCCCUGGGGUUUGUGACAACCAGCAAGGGCAAAGUCAUCCAUCGGGGAUGAGUCAGCUCUGCCCAAGUGGAGUUCCCACCCACAUAAGCCCACAGUCAGUGCCUGGGAUCCUGACACCCUGCGGUGGGGAUGCUUCUUGAGGGCUUCCGGGGAGACUGCUCUCCCACUCCCUGGGUCUUCUUCUGUCACCCUUUCUUGCCCAGACGUGUCACUGUCCAAGUUCUGUUCACCUGAGUCUUGGGCACAUUAUCCUAACUGUGCCCUUUUGCUAAAGGUUGAAUAACCACUGAAGAUCAAUCCAGCACAAUGAGCUGGGUUGGGAUGGGGAUGGCGUCUGGGACCCCCUUGCAGUCCUUUCCCUGAGCACCAGCAGUCAAUUCUCUCCUGAGUUUGCACUGGCAGCAUCCUAGCUCUUGUCUUUGCUUGCUGCUCUGCAUGUCUUUCUCCUGGCACUUCAGGUAUGUCAUACGCUCAAAGCAAUCAAUGCCCAUGGUGCUAUAAUUCUGCCACUGCAGGCAUCCACACUAUCCCCUGCACCUGUCCUGUACAGUGCGGUUAUCUGUGUUGGCAACUGUAUGCCCUCUCAUAAAUGGCAGGAUGGUACCUGUUCUCAGGUAUUAUGAAACAUGCCCUGUGUUCUGUAUCCUUCCAGGGCACUAGAAGGGAAUUGGUUGAAUAUAUGAGGCCAGAGAGGAGUGAGAGGUUCUACUGGGCCUUCCUGUGGUAUAGAAGUACAGAUAUAGCUGAGGACUAUAAAUUCUUCUAAAUUUGGGAGACUGCACUGUACCAGCUCUGACAAACUCCAGUGGGGUCAGUGUAUUCUGCCAUCAUGGAGGCUACUAGAAGAUGGUAGAUGCUGGAGGUGCUGGGGGGGGGGGCUCCUGUCGUUACUUGACCAGCCCACUAAGCACCUUUCAAAUAUGUGUGUAAAUAUUUAAUAUUCCCCUAGCUGGCAAUGCUGUAUUACCACAGUCCUGUUUCUUCUGGCAAAAAGGACAAAGAAAAAGGUGAAUCUCUAAGGUGGGCAUAGUUGCAUCUAAGCUAUGGCACUUGGCACCCCUGCCCCCCCCUCCACACUAGUAUUCAACAAUAUCACCAUAUCUCUUUGCAUGCACAGGUCGUUUUCUUGCUGCAUGUCCCCACCCUCUCCCUUUGUAAAUAGCUCAUCGGGGCCCACAUGUGUUUGAGUCCCUGUCAAUGGUGGUACCACUGUACAACUUCUCUGAGUCCCCAUGUGCCACUUUGUGAACCAAGAUGGUAAAGCAAGGGCAGAGGACUGUAUCAGAUCAUGUCAAGGACAUUUAUCCAAAUAGUGGACAAAUUCCACCUCUUCCAGCUUCUUAGAUGCUUCCAACUUUUCACACACCACAAACCUCAGACAUGGGCAGAUUUUCGUGUUGAGAUUGCCACAGAAAAGAACAGUUCAUGUCUACUGUGGGAGAGAGAGCCUUGUGGAAUGGGUGUGGGAGGAUUUCAUUCUGAGAUGUCCCAGCAGGAUAAGAUGGGAAAGUAGUGAUCUCAGAAUGGGACCUCCUUUGAGUUGGCAUGGAUUUGGACAGUAAAUAGACUCUGUUCUGUACGGUGGGGGGGCACUGCAGGGAGGAUGGCAGAUGUAUAGAGGUUUGGCCAAUGUGAACCUGGGUAAACAUUCCUCUGUGCACAGAUGCCCUUGAGCAGCCACUCACCAUGCCAUGUGUUGGACAUCAUAUGUGCCAUUUCGAUCUGGUCUUGGUUGUAUACCUCCAUCUCCAUAUGGA